AUGGGCCAGACCCCAUCACGAAGCUCGCCUGCUCCUGAAGCCAGACGCAGGAACCGCUCGUCAUGGCUGCCGCGCCCGCUCACCAGCACCAGCAGAUCUGCCACCGAGCCUUCACCUGAGCCUCAGUCUCUUGUCCGCUAUGACACACCAACCUUCAGCCCUGCCGCCGAAUUCUCAGCAGCUGCUCAAGAUGCAGGCACAACGAGCUCCUUCACAAACCUCACCCGGCGAAGCCGACUUUCUCUCAACCGAGCACGCACAACCCUCACCACCUCCAUACCAAAUCUCCUUACCCGCACUACAUCGAUCAGAUCGCGGCCGCGAACCGACACCAACGCUCCUUCUUCCCGGUUCUCCCUGAUGUCUAGGCCGCCACCGCGACAUUCCUCCAGCGACGGGCCAAGUUUCCACCUUCCUACCCUGCAGGUCCCCGAGCUUGACAUCAACUUCGAAGAUCCCACGCCCGAUCCUGAGCCUAUAAUACGUCCUAGUCCCCGGAGGGACCGCUCAUCGAGCAUCUUUCCCGAUCGGAUAUCCUCACGGCCGGACAGGGGGAUACGAAACAUGACGAGCUCACUGCGUCGACGGAGGUCUCCGAUCACACGUGGCGAGGAUCAAGCAGCAAUGCUGUCCCGCCUGCUGUCGGUUGCUGCAGCAGCGACCGCUGCUACUCUGAUGGGCGAGGAUCACCGGGCAGUAUCGGAAGCACGGAACGCGGCAGGGGACGAUGAAGAUGGAACAUUCGAUAGCUUUCUACAAGCCUUACAAAACGGCAGGAUAGCCUCAGCCUUACGGCAAAGUGGCAGUGAGGCUGAGGAUGAGCCAGAUGCACCCGAGGGCACGGCCGCUCCGCUCAACUUCUUCAGGAUGUUCAGAUUUGGAACUUCCAGCAACAACAGGCAAGACGGCACACCAGGAGGGCCCGACAGUCGUAGCGGUGGAGACGGCGGGCAGUCAGGACGGCAAGAUAGUGAAGGGGAGACCAACGAUGGGCGAAUGGUACCCAUCAUAAUAGUCGGCAUACGCUCCAUCACCCCGAGCAGCGGCAACAUUCAAGACGACACCAUACCACCGUUCCUGGACGCCCUUUCAAGCAUACCAACACCGUUCGCUUCCACGAAUGACACCACCAUCGAUGGUAUCCUACGACAACCGCAAAACGGGACGAGGUUCAGCCAUCGACGCAGAGCUUCGAUGGGAGGCCUCGGUACUUUCCCUUCAAACUACGACAGCCAACGCCACCAUCGGAGCCCCGACCGCCCUCGGCCUUGGUCAACCUUCUCAGAUACCCUCUCUGGACCUCGCCCACCUCCCUCGACGCCAGCCAGCCAAGGCCUCUCAGCGUUCUCGACCGGUAACACAACUCCAACAGUAACCACCACGCCCUCCUCUCCACUCAUACAAUCAGCAGUCCCGUCCCGCCGCGCAAGCUUCAUCAGACGGCCCACAGGAGACCUCGAUUCAACAGGCGAGGAGCCACCCACGCAGCCUCGAACCGCUCGUCAACGCAGACUAAGCGAAUCCGACUUCACCCGCUUCGGCUCCGGCGCACCCCGUCGAAACGGCGUCGUCGAGCCCGAUCAUAACCCAGGCGAGGGCUCCCGAAGCUGGAUCAUCUACGUCCUCGGCGGUAGCUAUCCCGAAAAUCAUCCCAUACUCACGACGCCCAGCCUCUUUACGGACUCGCCAACGUAUGAGGAUAUGUUGCUGCUCUCGGCUUUGCUGGGGCCGGCGAAGCCGCCUGUGGCGAGCGAGGCAGAUGUUGCCUCUGCGCCGGGUCUGUUCAGGAUUGCGGGGACGGCUACGGAGAUGGUUGCGAGGGCGGUGGAGGGAGACGAAAGCAUCCCGUUGACGGCUGAGCAGCGCUGCUUGGUCUGCUUGUGUGAGUUUGAGCUGGAAGAGGAGGCGAGAAGGCUGGUGAAGUGCGAGCAUUUGUUUCAUCGGGAGUGUAUUGACCAGUGGCUUACCACCGGUCGCAACUCCUGCCCGCUCUGCAGAGGCCAGGGCGUGGACGAGAAGGAGAAGACAGCUGACACCUCGUCGACGGAUGAAGAGUCGACCACACCGCCCUCACCCGCAUCACCCGCGCCCGUUGCGUAG